AUGCUACAACACAUUCAAAUACCCCGGUUGGUUGUCAACGACACCGACAACAUUGAAUUGCAUGGAUUCUCCGAUGCAUCUACGAAGGCAUACGCUGCUGUAGUGUACAGCAGAGUAAUCAACAAGGAUGGCUCGAUUUCUACAUCGAUUAUGGCUGCGAAGUCUAGGGUGGCUCCGCUAAAGCAGCAAUCUCUGCCCCGCCUAGAGCUUUGCGCGGCACUUCUCCUAAGUCAACUCAUACGUUCGAUAAAGGCGGCACUUCGACAUCAAAAGGUCACGGUUUUUGCAUGGUGCGAUUCCACAAUCGUUCUCUAUUGGCUAUCAUACGCACCCUCUCGACUAAAGACAUUUGUUGGGAACCGAACUUCGGAAAUUCUGGACACCAUUCCAAGGCAUUAUUGGCGUCAUGUGGACUCCAAAUCAAAUCCAGCUGAUUGCGCAUCCAGAGGUCUCAUGGCUGCAGACCUAAAGGACUUUCAGUUAUGGUGGAAUGGCCCGUCAUGGAUACGUGACGCGGAUCAGUUUAUGGUAAGGUUAAACAACUCACAAGUCUGUUUGAAUAUUUCAGAAAAGAACAUAGAAAAGGAAGUCAAAAGCAGCUGUCUGACUGCAUUAGUAGAGUCAACUCCUGAUCAUCCACUUGAUCAUCUUGUUCAACGAGUAUCUUCAUGGUUGACGCUCGUUCACACGGUUGGCUAUGUCCUUCGCUUUCUAAGGCGCAUGAAGGGUCCAUUUGGGGACAAGGGCUCAAACUGUCUUACGUUUGAGGAAAUCACCGCGGCACGCAUUGUAUGCUUGCGCCACGCGCAAACCUGCUUUCAGGAUGACAAUCAAUUGCUACUCGCAAAUAAACCAUUGCGAAGUCGAUUUCAGCUGGCUAAACUCCCGCCAAUGAUCGACAAGGACGGACUACUCAGGGUUGGAGGACGCUUGCACCACUCGCAAUUGUCCACAGAGGCGAAACAUCCAGUUUUGCUACCGAAAUCUCAUCGCAUCACCAAGCUGAUACUUGAAUACGAACACAGGGUCAACCUGCACCCUGGCGUCUCAUCACUCUUUGUUAUGGUACGUCAAACAUUCUGGAUAUUUGGCGCAAGGAACUUGAUAAGGAAAGUCACACACGACUGUUUGGCUUGUUUUCGACAGCGGCAUCAUACAUCACAACAAAAGAUGGCUGAUCUACCCAGCAUUCGUGUCACUCAGGCACUUCCAUUUGUAAACACUGGAUGUGACUAUGCUGGUCCAAUCCUUCUUAAGGAUGGAAAGGGGCGCAAACCGCGCAUUGGUAAGGGCUACAUAUGCCUAUUUGUUUGUCUGGUCACAUCGGCAAUCCAUCUGGAACUUGUAACGGACUUGCGCACCGACUCAUUCUUGGCCGCGCUAAGACGUUUCGUCUCUUUGCGUGGCAAGUGCAACAAAAUCUAUAGCGACAACGGAACGAAUUUCAUUGGAGCUAAACGCUCUCUUGAUGAAAUGCAGAAGCUGCUGGCAUCUCAGCCACACAUCGAAAAGGUUAGGAAUGCUCUGGCGAAUGAUGGCAUUCAAUGGGUAUUCAUUCCACCACAUGCUCCUCAUUGGGGAGGAAAAUGGGAAUCUGCAGUCAGAUGCGUAAAGCUGCAUAUUCGCCGAGUCAUUGGGAAAUCCACUCUCACCUACGAGCAGAUGCGAACUCUACUUGCACAAGUCAGUGCGGUGGUCAACUCACGACCCUUGUGCUACAACUCGGACACAGAUAUCAAUUAUUUGUCGCCAGCACAUUUCUUGAUCGGCAGGCCUCUCACAACUAUACCAGAGGCAGACUUAGGCCACAUCCCCGUGGGCCGACUUGGGUACUGGCAAAGUAUCCAAGUAUAG